AAAAAAAAAACCUUUGUAAGCCUGAAGUUUGGUAUCAAUAAAGUUUCUUGUGUUUCUGCUCAAUUAUUUACAAUCAACUUAUUUGAAAAACUGAGAACAUAUGAAACGUGGCAGAUAGGCUGCCACUUAUACACAGGCCACACAGGAGGAAUGCAAAGAAAUAGUGUAAUACACGUUUCUCACUCUCUGCCGAAACUUAAAAUCUCAAAAGCUUGGUUUUCUGAUUUGCUGCUCCUGCUUCUUGCUUCUGUUGUUUCACCGGCAGCUCUGCUCUUCAUUUUAUAAAAACAGGGAAUGUCAGGAUUAUCGGAGAAGCAGGCUCACGCUGUCUGCGUUCCCUACCCUGCUCAAAGCCACAUAAAAGCGAUGCUAAAGAUGGCAAAGCUCCUGCACAGCAAAGGCAUUUUCAUUACAUGUGUUAAUACGGAGUUCAUCCACAAACGUUUACUAAAUUCUGGAGCACUUCAAUCUCUUGAUGACCUUCCAGGAUUCAGAUUCGAGACCAUCCCGGAUGGCCUCCCUCCAUCGGAUGACAACUCCAACCAAGACAUACUUGCCCUUUCUGAGUCCAUCUUCAACAAAAAAAUGUUACCUCCAUUUCAAAAUCUUAUUGAAAAAUUAAAUGCUGGAGUCCUUCCAGUCACUUCCAUUCUCUCUGAUGGUUUUAUGCCAUUCCCAACUGAUGCGGCACAUUCACUUGGAAUUCCUAUCUUUUCAAUUUGGACUGUUUCUGCCUGUGGAUUGAUGGGAUCUUUCCAGGUUCUUAAUCUUUUUGAAAAGGGUCUUGCAACAGUGAAAGAUGGGCUCUAUCAAAGGAACGGUGAUCUGAAUACAAUCUUAGAUUGGAUUCCUGGAAUGAAAAAUAUUCGUCUAAGGGAUCUCCCGACCUUUAUCCAGACUACAGAUACGGAAAAUAUAAUGCUCAAGUACACAAAGGAAGCUAUGAAUAACGCGAGGAAUAGUACAGGACAUGUAAUUCACACGUUUGAUGAUUUGGAACAAGAAGUUGUAAAUGCCAUCUCAUCUUUGUUUCCCAAUGUCUACACAAUAGGCCCUCAACAGUUGCUUCUUAAUUUACUGGAACCAGAUCAUGAAGAUUUUAAGGGCAUAGGAUAUAAUCUGUGGGAAGAGGAAAAAACUUGUCUACAAUGGCUAGACUCUAAAGAAGCUGAUUCUGUUGUCUAUGUAAACUUUGGAAGCUUAGCAAUCAUGUCACAGGAGAAGUUAGUGGAGUUUGGUUGGGGUCUUGCUAAUAGCCACCAGAACUUCUUGUGGAUAAUAAAACCUGACUUUAUUGUUGGCGAAUCCAAAACUACUUUAGGACUUGAAUUUAUGGAAUGCAUAAAGGAGAGAGGAUUCAUUUCAAGCUGGUGUCCUCAAGAGCAAGUCCUUAACCACAGAUCAGUGGGAGGGUUCUUGACACAUGGAGGUUGGAACUCGACAAUUGAGAGCUUAUCCGCUGGAGUAGCAAUGCUGUGUUUACCAUUUUUCGGAGAUCAAGUGACUAACUGUAGGUACAUUUGUACAGAAUGGGAGUGCGGAAUGGAGGUUGAUGAUAACGUGAGGAGAGACGAUGUAGAGAAGCUUGUGAGAAUCUUGAUGGAGGGAGUGGAGGGUAAAAAACUGAAGAAGAAGGCUAUGGAGUGGAAACAGAAAGCAGAGAAGGCCUGUAGCCCUGAUGGCUCCUCAUCUCGAAACUUGAACAAAUUGGUUCAUCUUUUAACAAGCUAGAAUACAUUGUAUAAUCUUCCACUAUCAGUAACUAUGGACUAUUUGUGGAAAUCCAGAGUUCGGGUUAUAUUCCUAAGAACAGUUUGUGGGAA